AUGAUGGAAUGGUUGAGUAAGAGUGCAAUCACAGAGUGGAGAUUGUGUAGGAAAAUGGUGGGUGGGGGACUUUUAAAUUUUCACAAGUUUUAUUGGAGACUUAGGUUGGUGGUGCUUGUGAUGGGAAGACAACCUUGCUGUGACAAACUUGGGGUGAAGAAAGGGCCAUGGACAGCCGAGGAGGACAAGAAACUUAUUAGCUUCAUCCUCACAAAUGGCCAAUGUUGUUGGCGAGCUGUCCCCAAGCUCGCCGGACUACGCCGCUGUGGCAAGAGUUGCCGGCUCCGUUGGACUAAUUACCUUCGCCCUGACUUGAAGAGAGGCCUUCUUACUGAGGCUGAGGAGCAGUUGGUCAUUGAUCUCCAUGCUCGACUUGGCAACAGGUGGUCUAAGAUUGCUGCAAGAUUGCCUGGAAGGACUGAUAACGAGAUAAAAAAUCACUGGAACACCCACAUAAAGAAAAAACUUCUUAAAAUGGGCAUUGAUCCUGUCACACAUGAACCCCUCCAUAAGGAAAAUAAAGCCACAGAGAAAUCUCAUGGAGACCAUUUGCCCGAAUCCGAAAACCAUCAUGUUCAAUUGCCAGAAACUUCUGGCAGUGGCACUGCCAUCUCCGAGGAGAACUCGUGCUCACCGCCUGAAAAUUGUUCUGGUGAUGAAUCCCAUUUACUCGAUAGCAUAUGUGACGAUUUUCCAUUGAUGAGUUUUCUAUUGGAGGACCAAGGUCCAAUAGUCGAUGCACCAUGGGAGUUUCCAUCUGCUGGACAAAAACAAACCUUUGAUGAUGCUGGCAUGACAUCGUGGGACGAGGAUUGUGGGUGGCUAUUAAAUUGUCAAGAUUUUGGUGUCCAUGAUUUUGGUUUUGAUUCCUUCAACGACCGAGAAACGAAUAUGUUGAACACAAUAGAGAUCAUGGGCAGCAACAAACAGGCUGACCAUGGGACAAUUGACUUUCCAGGCCUAAAGUCUGACAGUAUUCUGGCCCAGAUCCAGAAAUAUUGGCCAAAUGGACUAGGGCCGGCCCAGCCAGAUCCUCUUUAUACCGUGGAAAGCGAAGCAAAACCCGAACCUUUCCGACCUGCUACCGCGAGAGGUGCUCGAGCAACACCCCCCCCCCUUCCCCCCGUCUCGUCUUGGGCAGGUACCUUGUCUGGAAGCGGCUGUAGCAUGGGAGAAUCAUUUACAAUUCAGAUUAGCAGCAACUUAGUAAAGCAGCUCGCAGAUGAUGGAGAGAAGUCGAAGAAGAGAAUAAAGAAGCCAAAAACAAAGAUACCACGAGACACCCAACAGUUCCGAACUAAACUGCUUCAGAAGCAAAUUCCUGAUGAUUCUGAGACCCUUAAAGGGAUUGCUUCUGCUGGAUGGCUACUUCCGCCUCCAUUAUUCCUGUCAGUUCCUACUCCACAGCAAGCUGCUAAUGCUGAACUAGAUGCCAUCCGGUGUAUCCUCAAAGAGAGUGAGAAAGUUGUGGAAAGGUUGCAGAAGCAGGAAGAUGAAAUGCUGCAGGAAGUAAACCAAAGAGCCAAAGAUCUCCAUGAUAAGGAGUUCAAACUUCCAUACCAGAAACCGAUCCCCUGUUUGGCUGAGAAAGAUGCUUGCUUGGAGUGUUACAAGGAGCAUGUCAAGGACCAUCUAAAGUGUGCCCAUUUGGUUAAAAAUUUUGCAGAGUGUGCUCGCAGAAUUAGGCAGCAAGUGAAUUUAGCAGCUAAUUAGGCUCUACACGAAUGUUGUUUUCUUGAAGACGUACUUCACUGCAAAUUAAUCCCCAGUUUUGACACAAGGAAAUUUUUGCAGUGUGAAUAAGCUAACUCUUACUGUUCCCAAAUUGGGUUGCAUGCUAUUGAACCAAAAUCAACAAUGUUGAAUUGGUGCAGAAAUUUGGUGUUAUGCUGAGAUAAGUAAUCUUUUGUGAUUGAUGUAACUUGGCCUGAUAACCUUGAAGCCGAAAUUCUUACCAAGGAUUAUGAACGUAGGUCUAGUGGCGGCUUAGUACGAUUAUAGAGGAUGGCAAUUAUAUGUUUG